AUGCAAAAGAAAAUAUUUAGAAGUUAUUUUAAAAGCAUAUUAAAAAAAAUAUCAAAGUACAUUAAAAAUUAUGUAAAAAAUGUAAUAGAAGAAAUAAAUGUAAAAUCAUUUAAAAAAUAUAAGUAUAAUUUUUUUUUUGAAUUUAUUGGUUCUUUUAUUUUUGUGUUUUUCAUUUCCAUUUAUAUGCUAAAUUCUAAUCAUAAUGAAGAAUAUAUAAUUAAGCAUACAAAACAAGUAAAUCCUUAUAAAGCUAAUGACAUCUUUAUAGCUGGUGAUAAUAUUUUUGAUAAUGAAAUUAAUAAUGUAAGAUAUAUAAAAAGUAAAAAGGACAAAAUAAAUAUGGAAAAUAUAUUACUAGAAAAAAAAAUACAAAGUAAUACUAAUAUAAAUGAUAGUGAUAAGAAUUUACAAAAUGGAGUAGAAGCAUUAGAAAAUAGUGACGAAAUAUUACAAAAUGGAGAUAAAAAAAUAAAAGAAAAAAUUACGAAAGAAGAUAAAAUAGAUGAAACAUAUUUGACUGAUGAAAGGAAGAAUGAUGCACAUGAAAAUUUUAAAAAUGAAGAUGAAUUUUUAAAUAAAGAUUAUAACAAUUCUGAUGAACUAAAAGAGGAAAUUCAAAAAAAAUUAUUAAAAAAUGAAACAAAUGAUAAUAUACAUAUAGAAAUACCUAUUAUGGAAGAAAAAAAGUUAAUUAAUAAAAAAAUAGAUAAAGAAAGCAAGACAAAUGACUUUAAAGAAGUAAAUGAUAAAGAACCAAUCAUAAAAAAUGUUGAAAACGUGAUAUUUAAAGAUAAUGUAAAUGAAUUUAGUAAGAUAAAAAUAGAUGACAUUAAUAAUAUAGAUAUAGGAGAUAUUGAACAAUAUGAAGUAUUGAAAAAUUCAGAAAAUAAAAAAAAUAAUAAUAAUAACCAUGCAAUAUAUUCCUUCUUUGGAUGUUUAAUAUACGUUUUAUUUGUAAUAUCAGGGGCUCAUAUCAAUCCUGCAUAUACAUAUGCCUUAUGGUUACUUGAACCAAAAAAAUAUGGAUUCGCGUUGUCAACUCUUUAUGUUACUUUUCAGUACAUUGGUGGAAUAGUAGCAAGUAUUUUUUGCGCACAUAUAUAUGGAAGUAUAUUUAUUUAUUCUUUAUUGCCAAAAAAAAAAAUUCUGAAAACUUUUUUAUGUGAAUUUCUUUCUACUUUUCUGUUAACAUUACUAUUAAUAAGCUUAUAUAAAUAUAAAAAAAAAUUUAUUGAAGAGAAUAAAAAUGAUGAAUCUAUAAUUUUUACUAACAAAAAAAUAAAAAAUAUGACAUCGUCAUUUUCUUUUAAUACAUAUGAAGAUAUAUAUGGUUAUGAUAUGUUUAAUACAAAUAAAGGCAAAAAUAAAUUUUUUAUUCAUAUUGAUAAUAAAUAUAUAAAAUAUAUUAUGAAUCAUAUAUUUUAUUUAUUAUUCAUUUUUUUUUCAUUAUUAUUUUUUGUUUUUGUAACAAAUACUACAUUAAAUCCUUUAUUUUCUACAUCCACUUUAUACACUUAUUUAUAUUUUAAAAUUUUUAAAGCAUCUAGUUCAUUUAAUAUAUAUUCUAUAUUUGCAUCAUUUUUAAGUAUAACCAAAAUAUUACAGCUAGUAAAAUUUUAUAUUCAAUCUCUACCCUUAUGGAUAGGACCGUAUGUUGGAUCUACCUUUGCAACUUGUUUUAUUGGAUUGUUUAAAAAUGAUGAUGAGGAAAUAAUUAAUGUAAUUGAUACUAAUAUAUAUAAAUACAAUAAAAAGAAAGAAAAAAUACCGUUAAUAAAUAAAUAUAAUUUUAAGCAAAAUGUAUAUCUCGUAGAAUAUAACGAUAAUAUUGAUUAUAAUUCACAUAAUUACUUAACUCCUAAUGUUUUUUAA